AUGGACAAGAAAAAUUUUAAACCAAAUGCUACCGGCUCACAAGAUAUGAUAAGUAAGCCAAAUAAGUUAUCAACAGCAGCAGAAGCAACGACAAUGGUGAACAGAAAUGCUACACUACCACAAUCAAUUCGUCAAGUCUUUCAAACUUUUAUUUUGGUCUGGCUUGAUGUCGAUUUCGAUGAAUCCAAAGACGAUUAUAAAAAACCAAGACAACAUCUACGUGAUAUGCUAGCAAUAGUCACCACAUUUACAGACGUUGACGAAUAUAUGGGCUUUCUCACUGACAUUCACGACGAAAAAGUAUCAAUGAUUGUGUCGGGUACGCUAGCACAACAUUUAAUACCAGAAAUUCAAGAAUGCCCACAAUUAACUUCCAUUUAUGUUUUAUGUGACAGUCAAUCGACUCAUGAGAAAUGGGUCAAAACAAUACCUAAGGUAAAAGGUGUGUACACACAAAUUGAACCGAUUUGUGACGCAUUACAAAUCGAUCGAAGCAAUUGUGAUCAAGAUGUGAUNACUGAUUAG